AUGAACUACCACAAGAAGCCCAAGAGCCCUGGUCCUGCAAGCCAUAAACCAGGUUCAAGGGGCCCUGCCUCAGCCUCCACAUCAGCCACAUCAGAGAAAUACAAGGACUAUGCUGCUGUGGUAAUAGACACGGGAACUGGCUACACCAAGAGUGGCCUUGCUGGGGACGAGAAGCCAAGAUCCAUUGUGCCAAGUGUCGUAGGUGUGCCCAGGUACAGGACAAAGGAAAGCCCUCUGUACUACAUUGGGAAGAGCAUCCCACAACGGCGUGCCGAGGUGAGCACACAUGUGUUAAUGACUCAUGGCGUGGUAACAGAUUGGGAUGCCCUAGAGAUGCUGUGGCAUCAUAUCUUCUACACAGAGCUCAGCGUGUGCCCAGAAGAGCUGCCAGUGCUGGUCACAGAUGCCCCCAUGUCCCCAACCACCAACCGUGAGAAAAUGGCUGAGCUGCUCUUUGAGAACUUCGAAGUCCCAGCCAUGUUUGUAGCCCAUCAGUCCCUUCUGUCAGUGUAUUCCUAUGGGCGUACGAGUGGGCUAGUGAUUGGUUCUGGCUAUGGGACAUCCUACACAGCUCCUGUGCAAGAUGGAUAUAUCUUACCUCAUGCGACCUACCGACUGGACAUAGCAGGCAAAGCCCUGACAGACUACCUGGCCAAGCUGAUGGGGGAAUCUGGGAACCCUUUUCAAAAUGAGGAAAUGGAGGUGGUGUGUCAGAUCAAGGAGAGGUGCUGUUAUAUCUCCGAGGAGUACGAAUUGGAACUGAAUGCAGAUGAGAAGAAAUACCUCAUGGACUACACUCUUCCCGACAAGCAGGUCAUCUCCAUCGGCAGUGAGCGCUUUCGCUGCCCAGAGGUCCUCUUCAAUCCAACCAUGCUGGGCUUCCCAGAGGUGGGGCUUCAUGUCCAAGCCAUCAACAGUGUCAGGAAAUGCAAGCCGGAGCAACAGGGGAAGUUGCUUUCCAACGUCCUGCUGGCCGGUGGCACCGCCAUGCUUCGUGGUUUCUCAGAAAGGAUUAAAAAGGAACUGCAGAAAAUGGAGCCAACAAGAAAAGUGGACAUCCUGGCAUCUCCCAACCGCACCUUCUCUGCCUGGUUGGGGGGCUCCAUUGUGGCCUCCCUGAAUUCUUUCCAGAAUGUGUGGAUCAACCGGGAGGCCUACAACGAGAAGGGGCCUUUCAUUGUCCACAGGCACUGCUUCUGA